AUGCGCGGCGGCGGCUUUGGGGACCGGGACCGGGACCGGGACCGCGGAGGAUUUGGAGCAAGAGGUGGUGGUGGCCUUCCCCUGAAGAAAUUUGGUAAUCCUGGGGAACGUUUACGUAAAAAGAAGUGGGAUUUGAGUGAGCUCCCCAAGUUUGAGAAGAACUUUUAUGUGGAACAUCCAGAAGUGGCAAGACUGACUCCAUAUGAGGUUGAAGAACUACGCCGUAAGAAGGAGAUUACAGUAAGAGGGGGAGAUGUUUGUCCUAAACCUGUUUUUGCUUUCCAUCAUGCGAACUUCCCACAAUAUGUAAUGGAUGUAUUGAUGGAUCAGCAUUUCACAGAACCAACUCCGAUUCAGUGCCAGGGCUUUCCAUUGGCUCUUAGUGGCCGGGAUAUGGUGGGCAUUGCUCAGACUGGCUCUGGGAAGACAUUAGCGUAUUUGCUGCCUGCAAUUGUGCAUAUUAACCAUCAGCCAUACUUGGAAAGGGGAGAUGGUCCAAUCUGUCUAGUUCUGGCUCCCACGAGGGAGCUCGCCCAGCAGGUGCAGCAGGUGGCUGACGACUACGGCAAGUGCUCCAAGUUGAAGAGCACUUGCAUCUACGGCGGAGCUCCGAAAGGCCCCCAGAUCCGAGACUUGGAACGAGGUGUUGAGAUCUGUAUAGCUACUCCUGGGCGCCUGAUAGAUUUCCUGGAAUCAGGAAAGACAAAUCUUCGCCGAUGUACUUACCUUGUACUGGAUGAGGCUGACAGAAUGCUUGAUAUGGGUUUUGAACCCCAGAUCCGUAAAAUUGUUGACCAAAUCAGGCCUGACAGGCAGACCUUGAUGUGGAGUGCAACCUGGCCGAAGGAGGUGAGGCAGCUCGCCGAGGACUUCCUUCGUGACUACACCCAGAUCAACGUGGGCAAUCUGGAGCUGAGUGCCAACCACAACAUCCUCCAGAUUGUGGAUGUCUGCAUGGAAAGUGAAAAAGACCACAAGUUGAUCCAACUCAUGGAGGAAAUAAUGGCAGAAAAGGAAAAUAAGACAAUUAUAUUUGUAGAGACAAAGAGACGCUGUGAUGACCUCACUCGAAGGAUGCGCAGAGAUGGUUGGCCGGCUAUGUGUAUCCAUGGAGACAAGAGUCAGCCAGAAAGAGAUUGGGUACUUAAUGAGUUCCGUUCUGGGAAGGCUCCCAUCCUCAUUGCCACAGACGUAGCCUCCCGUGGGCUAGAUGUGGAAGAUGUCAAGUUUGUGAUCAACUAUGACUAUCCAAACAGCUCAGAGGAUUACGUGCACCGCAUUGGCCGAACGGCCCGGAGCACCAACAAGGGCACUGCCUACACCUUCUUCACCCCAGGAAACCUGAAGCAAGCCAGGGAGUUGAUCAAAGUGCUGGAAGAAGCCAAUCAGGCCAUCAACCCCAAGCUGAUGCAGCUGGUGGACCACAGAGGAGGCGGCGGAGGAGGGGGAGGUCGUUCUCGAUACCGGACCGCUUCUUCAGCCAAUAAUCCCAACCUGAUGUAUCAGGAUGAGUGUGACCGGAGGCUUCGGGGAGUGAAGGAUGGUGGCCGGAGAGACUCUGCAAGCUAUCGGGAUCGUAGUGAAGCCGAUAGAGCUGGUUAUGCUAACGGCAGUGGCUAUGGAAGCCCAAGUUCUGCCUUUGGAGCACAAGCAGGCCAAUACACCUAUGCUCAAGGCACCUAUGGUGCAGCUGCUUAUGGCACCAGUGGCUAUACAGCCCAGGAAUAUGGCGCUGGCACUUAUGGGGCUAGCGGCGCCGCCUCAGCUGGGAGAAGUUCGCAGAGCUCUGGCCAGCAGUUUAGUGGGCUAGGCCGGUCUGGGCAGCAGCCACAGCCACUGAUGUCACAGCAGUUCGCACAGCCUCCUGGAGCUACCAGUAUGAUAGGUUACAUGGGGCAGACUGCCUACCAGUACCCUCCUCCUCCUCCUCCCCCCCCUCCUUCACGUAAAUGA